AUGCAACAGUCAUAUGAAGGACAGAUGAGUCGAAUGAUGAAUUUGUCUAAAGAUAGAGAGGCUUCCUGGCGCAAGCAGAAAAAAGAGAUUGAAACUCACUAUGAACAGAGACUGGCAGAAUUACAGGAGCAAUUCAAAAAAAAGCUUACUGCUUCUGAAGAGUUUACUAAUAAAGUUCAAUCUUCAAACAACACAAACUUUGGCCUGGAAGCAAAACAUGAAGAACUUCAAAAGAAACUGACCCUUGCAACCUCUCAACAUUCACGUUUGCAGAUUGUCUGCUCAUUACUGUGUGGUGCUCUCUACCCUCUUUAUCUUCGUUCUCACCAGCUUAUCUCUGAGCGCCACCUAUUGGAAGAUAUAGUCGAUCAAGGAGAGACAACUAUGGACCAGUUACGUCUCCUGAUUGAAACUCUGAAUGAAGAGAUGCAAAGCUGUGGCAGCAGAAGUUUCAAUGAUUGUAACUCUGGGCUCAUCUUGUCCGGAGGCAAGAUGAAAGAUCUAAAGUUGUCUCCAGUGAUGCGCUUCCGAAAGUACACUAUUAUGAUUUUAGCUGCUAAUAGACUGUGUUUCUUGAGUAGGACAAGCAAAAGGCUUUUCUCUACUUACGAUGUUGCACUUGGCCCAAUAUCUCUGAUUGUGCAGACAAUGAUAAUCACAUCUGAACCAAAAGCAUUUGCAGAAUGUUUGUCAGGCAAAUCAGCCGAGAAGGAUCAUGAGGCCAGUCAGAAUUUAUUGCAACUGAUUGCAAAUAAAGAAUUGGUACAGAGCCUAACCAAUUCAGUUACUGAACUGGAGAGACUCAUAUCUACUUCCAGUCAGGAUAACGAAAGCUUGAUCAGUUUCCAUUCAUUGAUGGCUUCAGCUCGCAGUGCCAUGAGCUGUAUCACUAACCACUUGGCUGAAAAGUUUCAGGGAAGAAGUUACUGGAACACCCAGAAGAAUUUCAACUUUGGUUCCUCACUCUGCCACAGACUCAAGUCUGGUUUGACGUCUCACAUUUCAAAACAGAAACUGACAAAUUAUUUCAGUCUUUUCACACAACAAAAAAUGAUUGACACCCUCCAGACCCACAUUGUCCAAUUCACUAAGCAUUUGCAAGUAGUGGAAGCUGAACGCCGCAGCUUGAAAAACCAGCUGGACAAAUCUCUUGAGGAAAAGAACCAGCUGCUACCAAACAAGCAAAUGGUACUACAACUCCAAGAACAAUUGGGUCAGCUGCAUGCAAAGCAACAGAAGCAGGUUCCAAUAGAGAAGUUUGAGAAAUUGGUACAGGAACUAAAGAUGGCAGUAGUGCGUGAGAAACAGGCUGACAAACUCUUGAAUGAACAGGCAGGACAAUUAAAUAAACUGACCUCACAACUGGAGAUUCAUGUGGCAGGUGGUACGCAGAAGGAACGUACACUUUCAGAAACUAUAAAGAGUCUCAAUGAAUGUCAAAUGAACCUGAAUAGAAAUGAACAAACUGUUUCUGAACUGAAAACUCAGUUGUCUCAAUGCCAGACAGAGAAGAUAUCCCUCCAGCAGAAUUUGAAAGAUGCAGAAAACACGCUGAGGACAGCAUCUAGAGAUAAAGUUGUUCUCCAGAAAUAUCUGAAAUCUGUCCAAGAAACAUUUAAUCAAAUCCAAGAAGAAAAUAAUGGCACCAAAUCCACUGAUCCUUGCUCUUCACUGCCACUGUUGCUCAAGGCUGACCAUAUUCCAACAAACAUUGGCAAAUCAGGACCCGAGCUCAUAGCCUGCCAGAACUUGGUGAAGGCCUUUGUGGAAGCGCAACAUGAGGCCAAUCACAAGAAUUGCAUUUUAGAAGGGGAUAUUGCAUCAAUGAGGCAGCAUAUUGCAUCCCUCAAGAAAGAAUUCUGCAGUAUCCUUGAAGAAAAAGUGGAGGAAUCAAAAGAUUUUGUGCCUUUACCAAAUACAAAAUCUGCCAGAAAAGAUUCCCAGCCUUGUAAAGGUUCCAAGUAUACCAUGAUUCCAAUUGUACGCAGGUUACAUGCAGCCUUAAGCAAGCAAACAAAUAAUGAUUAUUAA